CUAACUUAUUAUAGAAACCGCUGACUAGGGGAUUAUGUUCCUUUAAAUGAAAAUCACUUUCGAUUGAGGCUUGAAAACCAAAAAAAAAAAGAAAUUCUCUGCUGAUUUACCUGAGAAAAGCCCGAAAAAGUUUCCUUUAUACCAAACACGGGAGAAAAGUAACGGUAACGAAAGAUGAACAUGGCAAUGAAAGGUUUUUUUUGCAACCCAAAUGCAAGUAAAAAUGAAACCUAUCAUCAUCUUCUUCUUCUUCGUCAGAAUUUACAGCCCUUUUCCUUUUCUUCUUUUUUCUCUUAUACGACAAAUAACAACGACGACAAAAAGAAAAAGCCGCCUCUUCGAAUCCGAGCAGCAACAGCUGAAGAGGGCAGUUCGACUUCCAAUGUCACAAGCACAGGCGAUGUUAAAGGAUCGGGGACGACAGCGAGAGGGAGGAGACUUCUUAAGAUGCGUGAAGAAAAGAGGAAGCGAGAACUCGACAGGCUUCACAAUUAUCCUGCCUGGGCCAAAGUCCUAGAAAACGCCUGCAAAGACGACGAAGAACUACGAGCAGUUCUUGGCGAUAGCAUUGGCGACCCUGAGCUUAUGAGGAAACGGGUUGAAGAGCGUGUUCGGAAAAAGGGUAGAGAAUUUCACAAGCAAAAGACGGGCUCUGUGCUUUCUUUUAAAGUCAGCUUCCGAGAUUUUAACCCACUUGAUUCCUAUAUAUGGUUUGAGUUAUAUGGACCACCUUCUGAUCGAGAAGUCAAUCUAAUUGGUAGUGUUAUUCAGUCAUGGUAUCUUAUGGGACGCUUGGGUGCCUUUAAUUCCUCUAAUUUGCAGUUGGCAAAUUCUUCAAUGGAGUAUGAUCCCCUCUAUGACGCGGAUAAGGGUUUUAAAGUGAUGCCAUCAUCAUUCCAUGAUAUCAGUGAUGUUGAGUUUCAGGAUAACUGGGGCCGUGUUUGGGUAGACCUCGGUACUUCUGAUUUUUUUGCCAUUGAUAUCUUACUCAACUGCAUGACAGUAUUGAGUGCAGAUUACUUGGGCAUUCAACAGAUUGUUUUCGGUGGUCGCUGCAUCGGUGAUUGGGAAGAGGGUAUGACAAACCCCAACUAUGGCUAUAAGUACUUCAAAAUCUGAACCAAAUGUCGAUCCAGAUACUAUAGAAAAUCUAGAAGGCUACAUGUGUAUUUGGAUGCUUAUACACUGAUAGACUCUAAAGAUGGCCAUCGAUGGGCAUCCUUUCUGUUACUGAUCUGAUUUUGAAAGGUAGAUGCGAAUCAAGAAUCCUACUUUUUGUUCGUUCAUUUUUAAUCUUUAAAGGUGGUUCCAUAGCAAAUUGUAAUGCUAGAAAAAGGCUAAAAUGUAAAUGCAAAUAUGGAUCCCAAGUCCACCUUUUAUCUAUUCUUAAUCUCUGAACCAACCUCGCCUAACUGGGUGGGUUCAAUCUUGGUUUAAGAAAAAGUCCAACUCCAAGGUUUAUAUCUGACGCUCUACAUAUUUGAUUGCCAAGAAUAGAAAAUUUUAAUCCUAUCAGCUUGCAUUCAGUGAUUUGAUAGAAAUUUUCCAUGCAACUGCCCUGUGACCAAAUGAAACAUUCAAUCUUUUUACUCAACAGGCUCAGGAUCUAGCAUAUGCUGCAAUU